GUUUGUGCUACAUCUCGUCUCAGAGCGCAGUCAUGGCUGGACCGCAGACUAGCGGGCAGAGGUCGGUCCCAUUCUGCUCGCAGUUGCGGCCCGAACAGCCGCUGCAAGUGAAGGUGGUGGGGCUCUUCAAGAGCUCUAGCUUUCAGAUUGCGAAGAGCACAGCUGAGAGUCUGAAGAGUAAUUUUCCAUCCAAAUUUGAAGAUCCUAUAGUAGUUCCUCUUCAAGACUUUGCAUGGGAUCAAUAUCUACAGGAGAAAAAAAGGGAACUUAAGAAUGAAGUCUGGGAAUAUUCUGCCUAUGUCAUGUGUUUUAUUAAUGAUCUGCUCCUGGGUGAUGCACUCGAUCUGCAGAAGUGGGCCCACAAGGUAUGGGAUGUCGUUGAUUUUAAGCCCCCUGCACUUUAUGAGGCACUUACUGUGGAUUAUUCUGCUAAAUUCUUAAGAGACACCAAGCAUGACUUUGUGUUCUUGGAUGUUUCCAUUGCUUUUUCUCCAAUUGGAAGAUUGAUUUUUGAGCUGUUCAACGAUGCAUGUCCCAAAACAUGUAAAAAUUUCCAGGUCUUAUGCACAGGAAAAGCAGGAUUUUCUCAAAGUGGCAUCAAGCUACAUUAUGCAGGUUCGAUUUUUCAUCGAAUAGUACCAAAUGGUUGGAUACAAGGAGGAGAUAUAGUAGCUGGAAAAGGAAAUGGUGGAGAGUCAAUUUAUGGACCAACAUUUGAAGAUGAAAACUUUUCAAUUCCUCAUAAUAAAAGGGGAGUUCUUGGAAUGGUCAAUAAAGGCCCUCACAGCAAUGGUUCACAGUUCUACAUCACACUACAAGCGACUCCCUACCUAGAUAAAAAAUAUGUGGCUUUUGGGCAGUUAAUUGAAGGAAAAGAAGUUCUCCAACAACUAGAAUUGGUUCCAACCGAGAAUGAAAGACCAAUACAACAAUGUACAAUUAUUGACAGUGGAAAUAUUUAUGCUUGA